CAUGUGUUUGGAAAAAUCAGUCAAGCAGAACAGCAGAAUUUUGGCCGAUUUUUAUUUUAUAAGAAGAACAAAGGUGUCGUGUAAAUUAGGUGGUUGGUAAAGCAUACCUGUUUAAAUGGCUGUAGCCCAAGACAGUGUUGCCACUCCUGGGGAGCAGCAGGAUGUCAUUACAAAACUGAACUUGUACUUUAAAUCAGUAGUUGACAUGAUCCCCAGUGAUGCUUACUUCACAAAGAUAACAGACGCGAAUAAGCGACAUAAAAAGGACAAAGACAUAGACGCGGAAGACAAAAUACCUGCGAGUCAGGUAAAGGCGAUGGUAAAAAGGAGAAAGCUUAAUCCUAAGCUGAUGAAGUCUACGAGUCAGAUGAUGGAGAUGGAGAGUAGUGAGGAGGAAGAGGAUACCGCUCCUCCUCAGAAGAAGAAGAUCAUAAAGAAGGAAGGAUCAGGUGAUGACCCAAGCUCCAUCACUGAUCUUCAGAAGAAGUUGCAAGAGAGGAUAAGUGAUAUCAAAUCUCAAAGAAAUUCAAAGAAUCGGACUCCAGAGGAACAGGAAGCCAUCCGGAUCCGGAGGAAGCAAGAGAGGAAGAGAUACAAGCAGAAGAAAAUGCAGAAGCAGAUCAAAUUAAAGGGAGAUGAAAAAGAGACCGCACAGGUCGAAAAAACACUUGUUAAAAAAGAAGAAAAGAAGCCAGUCAGAGAUAAAAAUGGAAAAGUUGUUUUCAGUAAAUUCGACUUUGGGCAGGCGGAUGAAAAAGAGAAAAAAAACAAGAAGAAAAAAGAUCUUCCUACUGGUAAAAAUUAUGAAGUCUUGCUCAAUAAGGUAAAAGUAAAAAAAGAGAACUUGGAAAAGUUAAAAGAAGAGAACCCUGCUAAAGCAUCAGAGGUAGUUGCUAAAGAAGGCUGGAGCAAUGCUAUGGCAAAAGCAGAAGGAAUUAAACUAAAGGAUGAUCCUGCUUUGUUGAAGAAGUCAAUAAAGAGAAAACAGUCUAUUAAAAACCAGAGUGCGAAGAAAUGGAAAGAGAGAGAGGAUAAAGUAAAAGAACAGAUGGACAAACGACAAGAAAAACGUAAAAAUAAUAUUGAUAAAAAAAGGGACCGAAAAAAGAACUUAUCAAAGGGAAAAAAAGGAAAAAAGGGGGCUCCAGGAUUUUGAAAUUCUUAAACUAAACAGUUUUUAGUUGUUUUCCAUCUUUAGGUUUGAGAUGUGUUUACUCUUUUCUGCUCACUUUUUACAAUUGUUGUAUAAUCUUUAUUAAGAAUAUGAAUCCUUUGCUUUAAUAAUAUCAACCCUUUAAUGAUCGCCCUGUUUCAAAUUCUCCUUACUGUGUAGGCAUGUUUAAAUUGGUUUAAUAGUUACCUGCAAACUAAAAUAUAUAACCUGUCAUAGUUUAUCACAAAUUUCAAGUUUCCCUACCCUUUCCUAUGAUAUGUAAUAUUGAAAAUGACAACUUAUUACAUUAUGCGCAAACAG